AUGGAGGAAAAGAAUAAGACGAAAAAGAAGCAGCUGAUGAUGGGAUCACUCCGGUCAAUUUUCCGGCACGCCGAUGGAGUUGACAAACUGUUGAUGCUCAUCGGCUUCUUAGGAGCAGUUUGCGACGGGCUGUCAAUGCCGGCAACAGUGUUCACCAUGGGUAGACUCGUAAAUAUAAUUGGAACCUCGGAAUCAUUACCAACAGCUGGUCAACGACGUUUAGCCAUGAACAGCAUUAACAAGAAUUCCCUGGUUCUCUGCUACAUAGCAUGUGGGCAGUGGAUUGCUUGCUUUCUUGAGGGCUAUUGCUGGGCAAGAACAGCAGAGAGGCAAGCGUCCAGCAUGAGAGCCGCGUAUUUGAAGUCGGUGCUUCGACAAGAAAUCGCUUACUUCGACUUGCGUGGUACAGAUACAGCCGAGGUCGUUGCCAAUGUUUCCAAUGAUAGUCUUGUUAUCCAGGAUUUCAUCAGUGAAAAGGUACCAACAUUCGUGUCGAAUCUAUCCACUUUUUUCGGUGCUUAUGUUGCUGCUUUCUUGAUGCUCUGGAGACUAGCCAUUGUUGGUUUUCCAUUCCUAGUAUUUCUGGUAAUACCGGGUGUGGUGUAUGGCAGAAUUCUAAUGAGCAUCUCCAGAAAGUUGAGGGAGGAAUAUAAUAAGGCCGGUACAAUCGUCGAGCAAUCGAUCUCUUCCAUCCGAACAGUUUAUUCCUUUGUUGGAGAGACUAAAACUGCAGCGGAGUACGCCAAUUCUCUUCAGGGGACAAUUCAAUUAGGACAACGUCAAGGUUUGGCAAAAGGGUUGGCGGUUGGUAGCAAUGGCAUAACCUUUUCAGUUGGGGCUUUCAUUUCUUAUUAUGGUAGUAGAUUGGUCAUGUACCAUGGCGCUAAAGGAGGAACCAUUUUUGCAGUUACUGGUGUCCUGGUUUUUGGAGGAUUAUCAUUAGGUACUUGUUUAUCUAACUUGGAUCGCUUCUCGGAAGCUGGUGCAGCAGCUGAACGUAUCAUGGAAAUCAUAGGAAGAGUUCCCAAGAUUGACUCAGACAACGUGAAAGGGGAUAUUUUACAAGAUGUUAAGGGAGAAGUCGAAUUUCAGCAAGUGCAAUUUGCGUAUCCAUCACGACCUGACAUCACCGUGUUGAAGGAUUUUAGCCUUCAAAUCCCAGCAGGUAGUACGACUGCACUUGUGGGAGGGAGUGGUUGUGGAAAAUCUACAGCUAUCGCUUUGAUCCAAAGGUUUUAUGACCUAAUUGAUGGCGAAAUCCUACUUGAUGGUGUGCCUAUUGACAGGUUACAGCUCAAGUGGUUAAGGUCACAGAUAGGGGUAGUGAGUCAAGAGCCGGUCCUUUUCGCGACAACAAUAAGAGAUAACAUACUGUUUGGCAAGGAAAAUGCAUCACUUGAGGAGGUUAUGGAGGCUGCAAAAGCUUCCAAUGCUCACGACUUCAUUUCUCAAUUGCCUCAUGGUUAUGAUACUCAGGUGGGCGAGAGAGGAAUUCAGAUGUCAGGAGGGCAGAAGCAGAGAAUAGCCAUAGCAAGAGCCAUAAUUAGAUCUCCAAAAAUUCUUCUCCUUGAUGAGGCCACAAGUGCACUGGAUUCCGAAUCAGAGAGAGUUGUUCAAGAAACUCUAGAUCAGGUGGCCAAUGGACGCACCAGUUUGAUUAUAGCUCACCGUCUGUCUACCAUCCGUAAGGCGGAUUUCAUUGCCGUGGUCCAAAAUGGCCAGGUUGUCGAGAUCGGCUCACAUGAGGAGCUCAUUGAAGACAUUGAUGGUCUAUAUACAUCAUUUUUUCGCCUACAAAAUACCAAAACAUAUAACCAAUUUGCCCACAGUAACAAGAAGAUUAGUUCCAGUGCUGCAUUAGCUUCAGCAUCCAGUUAUAGUAAGCCAAGUUCUACUAGCGCUGUUUCCACAACACAGGCUAAACAUGGUGCGAUUUCAGGGCAUCAAGUUCCCUCAGUUAGAAGAUUGCUUGCCAUGAGCUUGCCUGAAUGGAAACAGGCGUUUGCAGGCGUUAUAAGUGCAAUACUAGUUGGCUCAAUCCCACCAAUGUUUUCUUUUUCAAGGGGAGCAAUGUCAUCAGUGUAUUUUCUACACGACCAUGAAGAGAUCAAGAAAAUGACAAAAAUAUAUUGUGUUACUUUUAUGGCUUUGACACUGUUCACAAUCCUGAUUAACAUAUGCCAGCAUUAUAACUUUGCAUCCAUGGGGGAGAAGUUGACAAACAGGAUCAGAGAAACUUUGCUCUCAAAGAUCCUUACUUUUGAAAUCGGAUGGUAUGAUCGAGCUGAAAACGCAACGGGUACCAUUUGCUCCAGAUUGGGGAAAGAUGCAAAUACGGUGAAGUCAUUAUUGAUAGAUCGAAUCGCUUUGCUCAUCGAAACUUUUUCAACAGUGACUAUUUCCUGUGUCGUGGGGUUCUUCAUUUCAUGGAGGCUGGCUGUGAUCAUUUUAGCUGUUCAACCUCUGGUCAUUAUUUGUUUCUAUGUGAGGAAUGCACUACUCAAAUCCCUGACGAAAAAAUCCAUCAAAUUCCAAGAAGAAAGUAGCAAGAUUGCGGCUGAAGCAGUCACAAACAUUAGGACAGUUGCCUCCUUCAAUGCUCAAAUGCUAAUUCUACAAAUAAUGGAGAAAGCCCAAGCAAGUCCUCGAAUAGAAAGUAUUCGACAAGCUUGGUUUGCUGGUAUCGGCCUCGGAACUUCUGCAACUCUCUUGAAAUUAUGUUGGGCUCUUGAUUAUUGGUACGGGGGUAAGCUCGUUGUGGAUGGCUCUCUUGGAACCAAAGGUUUCUUACAAUCCUUCAUGAUUUUGUCUGAAACUGGUCGCGUCAUUGCCAAUGUGGGAACAAUGACAAAAGAUCUAACUAAAGGGUCAGAUACCAUAAGUUCAGUAUUUGCUAUCCUAGAUCGGGAUUCCGUAAUUGAACCAGAGGAUUCAACAGGGCAUAAACCCGAGAAUCUCAGGGGGCAGAUCGAGUUACUUGACAUCGAUUUUGCGUAUCCAACAAGGCCUAGUGUCAUGAUCUUUAAAGGAUUUUCAUUCAAAUUUGAUCCAGCGAAAUCAACCGCAUUGGUUGGGAGAAGCGGGUCAGGGAAAUCAACUAUAAUUUCCUUGAUCGAAAGAUUCUAUGAUCCAUUAAAGGGGAUUGUGCUGAUUGAUAAUCGAGAUGUGAAAUCUUAUCAUUUGAGAACGUUAAGACAACACAUUGCGCUUGUAAGUCAAGAACCCGUCGUGUUUUCCGGUACCAUACGCCAGAAUAUCACAUAUGGUGCAUCGGACAUUGAUGAGUCAGAAAUCAUUAAGGCGGCAAAGGCAGCCAAUGCUCAUGAUUUCAUAACAGGGUUAAAAGAUGGAUAUGAUACAUGGUGUGGGGAUAAUGGUUCGCAACUGUCGGGUGGUCAAAAACAGCGAAUUGCCAUAGCUCGCGCUACGCUAAAAAACCCGACAAUAUUGCUGUUAGAUGAAGCAACGAGCGCGCUGGAUAGUCAUUCGGAAAGGGCAGUAUUGGAAGCACUUGAGAGAGUGAUGGUAGGAAGGACAAGUUUGGUUGUGGCACAGCGGUUAAGUACGAUUCAGAACUGUGACACAAUUGCUGUUAUGGACAAAGGUGAAGUUGUGGAGAAAGGCACUCAUUCUUCUUUGAUGGCUAAAGGUCCGAAAGGGGCAUACUUUACUCUUGUUAGCCUCCAAACAACUCCUUCCUAG